UUAGCGGGUGCAAAACAAGCUGUCUGUCUGUCUGUCAACCACAAUUCCAAAAAUAAGAAUAUGCGGAUGACGCGAAAUAACUUUUGGCGAGAAUGUUAUUAUAUCUUCAAUACAACGCAGAGAAUUUCGUAACUCCUCUGAUUUUUCCCCCUUUUCGCUCGUGAAAAGGUUCUGUCAACAACCGAAUUCCUUCACCGAUUUUAUUAGUUGAAUAAUUACUGCAGUUAUAGUUUUUUUAAUAAAGGUGACUGUUUAAAACUAUGAUGUGAGCCUUUAAUUAAAGUUUACUUCAUGCUGAAGUGUGAUUCAUACUUUUAAAGCUUGAAAGCCGAUUACUCUUUUCCGUGUAAGCUUUAACAGUUGUUACUAAUUUUCUAAUGUGACAUGCAACUUCUUCAAGCUAUAAAUCAUUGGCUAGCAACUGUAGAAAAAUUUCAGGCCGCCGUAACGUAGCAUAUGUGACCCAGUUUUACAAAUUCUUGUUUAAAGAUGUUUAUAUGCUCGGGAAGGAAGUCGUAUUUUUGUGAACUAUAAGAAAUUAUUUUUCAGUGGAACAUUAUUGGAAAUCAAGGCACUGAAAUAUCAAGCAGCUGAUACGUCACAGGAAUAAUUUGUGUUGAUUCUUUUAUGAAGAAAACCGCAUAUUUACGAUAUUUACGUGAAACAUGAAAUGCUAAAGUAAACAAUCUUAGAACUAAUUUUACCGAAAUUUCUGUUAAGCAACCCGUUUUACAUUCCGUCAGAGGAUGAAAUUUAUCACAAGAUAUGUAGCAAGUUAUAUUAAGAAUGUCAUUCAUCAAUAUAGUGCAGAAAUUGCAUGUUCUAGGAGGAGGAGGAUCUAUGUUCGUGUUUUGAAAUUACAUGUUGUGGGUUAGGUAAUAUUUAAGACUGCACAGAAUAAUAUUUAGUGAAACAUUAUUGGAAAUCAAGGUAUUCAAAUAUCAAGCAGCUGAUACGUAACAUGAAUAAUUUGUGUUGAUUCUUUUAUAAAGAAAGACACUUGUAUUUACAUGAGACAUGAAGUGCUAGAGCGAACCAUUUUAGAACUACUUUUACCGAAAUUUCUCUUAAGCAGUCCAUUUUACAUCCCUUCAGAGGAGGAAAUUCAUCAUAAAAUAUGUAGCAAGUUAUGUUAUAUUAAAAAUGUUAGUUACAGUUAUCAAUAUAGUACAGAAAUUGAAUGUUCUAGAAGGGGGAUGUUCUAUGUUUGUUCUGAAAUUACAUUUUCUAGGUUCAUGUUUUAUUACAAGGUAAUAAAUCAUUUUCAAGAGGUAAUAUUUAAAACAGCAUGUGCAUAUCCAUACUGAACACAAACCCCAUUUGUACGAUUUCAUUUAGUCGAAAAAGUAUUUUAAAGAUGCAUAUGCUGAUUCACAUUGGAGAAAAAUGUGAAUUAGCAUCUUAUGUGUGAGGUAUGUAGACUUUUAGUUAAAAGAUUAAUUCAGACAAUCAUCUGCUUAUUCACGUAGGAGAAAAACAUCAUGUAUGUGAAGUAUUUAAGAAAUCAUUAAGUCAAAAGUUCAUUCAAAAAUCAUUAAGUCAUGUAUGUGCUUACUCACGCAGAAGAGAAAUCUUAUAUAUGUGAAAUAUGUAAGAAGACAUUUUGCCAGGAGAGUAAUUUAAACAAGCAUAUGCUUACUCACACAAGAAAGAAAUCUUAUAUGUGUAAUGUGUGUAAGAAGUCCUUUAAUCACAAGUCUACUUUAGACAACCAUAUACUUAUUCACACAGGAGAGAAACCUCAUGUGUGUGAAGUAUGUAAGAAGUCCUUUAGUCAGAAGUGUACUUUAAACAGCCAUAUGUUUAUUCACACAGGAGAGAAACCUUAUAUGUGUGAUGUAUGUAAGAAAUCCUUUAGUCAAAAGUCUACUUUAAACUGCCAUAUGUUUAGUCACACAGGAGAGAAACCUCAUGUGUGUGAAGUAUGUGAGAAGUCAUUUAGUCAGAAGGGUGCUUUAAAGAGCCAUAUGCUUAUUCACACAGGAGAGAAACCUUACGUGUGUGAAGUAUGUAGGAAGUCCUUCGCUGUGAAGUCUAGGCUAAGCUGCCAUAUGUUUAUUCACACAGGAGAGAAACCUCAUGUGUGUGAAGUAUGUAAGAAGUUCUUUAAUCUGAAGAGUAGUUUAAACAGCCAUAUGCUUAUUCACACAGGAGAGAAGCCUCAUGUGUGUGAAGUAUGUAAGAAGUCAUUUAGUCAGAAGUGUGCUUUAAACAGCCAUAUGCUUAUUCACACAGGAGAGAAACCUCAUGUGUGUGAAGUAUGUAAGAAGUCAUUUAAACACAAGUACGAUUUAAACAAGCAUAUGCUUAUUCACACAGGAGAGAAACCAUAUGUGUGUGAAGUAUGCAAGAAGUCAUUUACUCAGAAGUGUAAUUUAAACACUCAUGCGCGUAUUCACAGAGGAGAGAAUACUUGUGUGUAAGGUAUGGAAAGGUUCAUUUUUAAUAAAGGAUUAUUAAGGUAUGCGUUCCAACAGAAGAGAGAAAACUGUCAUGUAUGUAAGAAUUCAUUUGGACAGUAGAGUAUUUUGAAAAAUAUGUGUUGACCUAAACCAGAAGAGAAGACUUCUAUCUUUUGAGAUUUUAAAUUAGUGUCAACAUUUAUAUAUCAGUGUAGUAAAGAUUUGUGUACGCA